UGAAUCAUCGUCGUUGCCCAAGGAUUAAACUUAAAGUCAGUGUUUUAUUCUUCCCCGACGAAUUCACCGGAACCGGCGGCGGAAGACGUUCGAUUUCGGGGUUUCUGGUGCUCAUGGAUACAAGAAAGGUUACAGUGUUCUGUUAUUGGAAUGGUUGCAUCAAAGAUGGUUAUGAUGGUCCAUUCUACGAAGGAUCAAGUCCAAGAGUAAUUAGAGUUGAUAGCAAAAUUGAACUAUCCCAGUUGUUGGAUGAUCUGCAUCUACUUACUGGUUUUGGAAAGGGAAAGUUUCAGAUUGAUUUGAUUGGUAGAUACCCUUCCAUUGUUCAACAACAGAUGGUCAAGUAUGUGCGUUUGCCCAUUGUGGAUGAUUGUAGUUUGGAGAUACUGCUUGAGGUUCUAAGUCACUAUCCUUCUAUCAGUAAUGUGGAUUUGUAUUUAGAGGUCAAACCGGUUUCUGAUCAGGCGACCCGAAAGCGUUCUCGGCAAGAGGAUACUAAUGUUGAUGGCAGUGUGAGAGAUGACACAUUAGGAACUCAGCAGAAGGUUAAUAGUAAUGGGUGGCUUGAAGAUGAGGAGAAUACGGAUGACGGAGACUGUGGAAUUGGUGUUGAUGAUGCAGCUGCACAUAAGGAUUCGCGGAUGAAAAAGCCAGGUCCAACUAAAGGCCUCAGCGAUAGUGUCUCAAAGCAAGUGAUUUUCUCUAGUUCAUGGCUCGAUGAACGUGAGUUGCAUGUUGGGAUGAUUUUUAGAGAUAAAGAUGAACUGGAGAAAGCAGUGGAGUUGUACUCAAAUAGAAGACAACGUGAGUACAUUGCGUAUGAAGAUAGGCUUGUAUUCAUGUGCAAAAAAAGGAAAAUCUGCGGGUGGAUUCUCAAUGCAGCUGAAACGAAGAGCAGUGGCUUUGAGAUAACAGAAUAUACAAAUCCACAUACUUGUAAGCCAGUAGAUGUGGGCGCAGAUUUUCUUGCAGGUGAGAUUGAAGGUCUGAUAAAGGCUCAUCCCUCGCUCUCAAUUACAGAGCUGAGCAAAUGGGUGAAAAAAGAGUUUGGCUACACAGUCUCGGGUGAUAAUAUGUGGAAUGCUAAAAAGAAAGCGAUCACUACAAUCUUGGGAGAUUUGGACAAGAGUUUUAGCGUAUUGCCCAUGUUUAUGGCUGCUCUCUGCUCAUCUAAUAAGAUAGUUUUAGAUUGGCAAUACGAUGCUUUUCCUGAUCCCAAGGAUGCAUCCUUUCGUUCUGUGUUUUUGGCGUUUCAGCAGUCAGUUGAAGGGUUUUCUCACUGCAGACCUCUCAUUUUGGUGGAUACGGUGGACUUGAGUGGUAAAUACCCUGGGAAAAUGUUGGUUGCAGCAGGAUUAGAUGCCGAAAACAGCCUUUUCCCACUUGCGUUUGCCAUCACUACCCAAGAAAGUUUGUCAGCUGAUACUUGGCGUUGGUUCUUUGCGUGCAUCAGGAAGAAAGUAACGCAAAGGGAAGGCAUUUGUCUCAUAACAAGUCCAAAUCCGGGCAUUGUUGCAGUAGUUAACGAACCUGAGUUUCAGUGGGCGCAACACCGGUUCUGUCUUAGGCAUCUGUGCUUCAAAUUUUAUGAUGUUUUCAAAAACAAUCUCAUGACAGAGUUUGUUUACAAGGCUGGAUCCACGAAGUACAUAUCAAGUUACGAUGACUACUUGAAGAAAAUUGAAGAGAUGAACCCGGAGGCUCGGAAAUGGUUAGACCAAAUACCUCUGCAUCAAUGGGCUCUGGCUCAUGAUAGUGACAGGCUGAGAUUCGGGAUCAUGACUACAAACUUAAUCUUUGCGAAUUACAGUUUCAUAAACAAAGCUCGUGAUCUUCCAAUCACAGCAUGCAUCUUGCUAAUCUUUGAUCACCUGGCAGAGCUUUUCAAAACUCGACUUAAUUUCAUCGACGAAUCACUGAAGAAUAAUAGAGAGAUCUACGCUACACACGUCAUGACAAAGCUUGAAGAGUACAAGUUAGCCUCUAGAACACACGAUGUAUUGCCAUUAGACCAGACUCCAGAGAGGUUUCAGGUCACAAAAGUGAUGCAACCUGCAAACAAGAAAUUUUUUGUUCACUGCAGGGAUCGGGUUUGCACGUGUCAGACAUGGCAAGUUUACAAGUAUCCGUGUUCACACGUGAUAGCUGUUUGCAGGAGGCUGAACUUUGACCAUUUGCAGUAUGUAAAUGACUUCUACAAGACAGAGAGUUUUCGAGGAGUUUACGCAGCUGUCUUUAAUCCUCUUCCGGGAGUCUCUGAUUGGCUAGAAGCUUCCGAAGUUCCAAGACCAUUUCCUCCUGGAAGUCCUCCGAGAUCAGCUGUCAAGCCAGUGACAACAGAGUCACCCCGCAACAACUCAGCUAAGGCAAGUGAUGCGAACACGGGAGCGAGUGGACAAAGCGAAACUAGACGAUCAGGGCGACCAAAGAAACCGAACAGUAAAUAUGGCAUAUAAGGCUUUUGAAUGGUAGAAGAUAUGAUAUGCAUCGAAGAGAUAGCUAUGUUUGUUUGCUUACUUAUUUUACAUUUGAUUUUAGGGAAACUUAGAAGCGGAAUUUGGUGGAUGAACCAAGUUAGAAACGAUUUUUGUUUGUAAAAGCGUCUGCUAACCGGGUUAAUGUAGGUUUUUAGGAGGGUGUAUAAAACCGGUUUGGUUCAUGUAAUGUUUGUGCAAAGUAGUUUUUACU